AUGAGUAGACUCCCGUUAAAAACCUCGAUAACUGAUGCUACUGCUCCCAGCAUCCUGGAUGCUGAGAAUAAUGCUUUGGCUAAUGGGAGAGAGAAAACGAGAAUUCGCGAAAAUUCCCGAGGAAGGAGAUCAGAUUCCAAGGACCGGAGAAGUGCAUCAGCAUCCAAGGGUCGCAGAAUUUCCCGCAAUAGGAGCGGUGGAAGCAGACAUGGCACCAAGAAGAACUCUGCAAUACGAUCCUCCUCACAUAGUGUUAGGAGUAGUAGCGGAUCAUUAGAACUGUUGGAUGUAGAAGAUGGAGAUGCGAAAGGCAGAAGAUCUCGAGUACCCCCUAUGCGAGGCAAAGGGAGUACCAGCCACAGAAGUUUUUGCGCCAACGCCGAAGAUACCAAACCUAGAGCAAACGACUCUGAAGCAAAGAGGGGUGGCAUCAUAGAUCUUGCCAAUCCAUCUGGAAAAAGCCAAGCUCCAAGUGCUGAAAUAUUGUACGGAGAUGAAGAUUUCAAGGGGAAAGCAAAGGCAUCGCGCGGUUCGAAAAGGUCCCUCAAGCCUGGAGCCGAACUUAUCAGGGUAUCUGGACACAACAAGAGCAGUGGCGGUACUGCCCGUAGCACUGCACUGUUGUACGGAGACGAAGAUUCCAAGGCUAAAGCAAAGGCAUCACGACUCCCCAAAAUACCUUCCAAACCUGGUGUGGAUCUUGUCAGAGAACUUGUCAAAACAGGGGCUAAUAUUGGCAGCGACCAAACCAUAGAAACAUUGUAUGGGAUCAGUGACAAAGACAGCAAAGCAAAGUCAAAGGUAGCGCAGGGCUCUUCGCAUCGCAGCAAGGGAUCGUUGGGAUCUUCUUCGCAUCACAGUAACAGAAGGAGUACUAUCAAGACAUUAUACGGAAAUGAUCUCGAUGCCAAGACCAAAAUGAAGCGAUCGCACAGCUCGAGGUCCAUUAAGGCUGGAAAACGCGUGGCUGAAGAAACUGAAUCAUCAGAGAGCAGAUCGUCAAGCGAUAUGCCCCCCCCAGCGGAAGACUAUGUGGCUGGAGACAUGGCGAUUGAGGACGACUCUCAUUCGGUAAUGGCGGAGAACUCAGUUGUCGAGAGUGAUAAAUCCAAUGAGGCGUCCAAGAAGCAAAAGUCACAAAAGAAAAAGAAACCUUCUAAAAAAAUGUGGAUUACGUUGGCUUUCAUCACUCUUGUCGUUGGCGGUGGAAUGACAGCCUUCAUUGCUCUCAAAGGCGACGAUGAUCAAGGUGCACAAGCCAAAGAUGCUGUUACCCAAGAUCCUUCUGCCGACAUACUAACGGCUCCAAACGGUUCUCCAAAUGGUACAUCAACAGCAUCACCGUCCGAAAAGCCGCUUCUGGACCCACCAAGUGCUGAAGACUGUGCUGCCAUUACGAACAACCAAACCAUUGCAGAUAACAAUACAUUGUCUCAAAGCGACUGGAACAUCAACAUUCAGAUCAGUGUCAAGGGUGAAACUGGAAUGACUGACGAAAUGAUACAAGAAUUGUUGGAUUCCAUUCAGGAGCUCCUGCUUCCUUCUAUGGCUGGUUGCAAUAAUGGAGAUCAGCGAAAGCUAUUCGAAUUGAGAAAAGCAGUCAUCCGAGGAGCUUCCCGAGAGCUGAAACGAUUUCUCUAUGAGGCUCGAUAUGCCAUUCUAUAUGCCCAUGUCAAAGGUGAAUUGCUUGAAGAUGUAGGUUGUGUGGAUACAACUACUCCCGAGUUGUGCUAUGUCGUACUUGUGGAAUUUUCCAUACUUUUGGAUGCUGAUAUUACUUCUGCCGAUCUUGAAGCAAUUAUAUUGGAGGAAUUGGAAAAUGGUGACAACAUUGUAUCGAAGUUGGACCUACAUGCCUCGUUCCUAUCUGUGAAUGCAAGGAACAUAACUGAUGUGACACCAACCGAAGCUUCAUCUUCCCCACCAACGAGUGCUUCAUCUCGAAGUUCAAGCAAAAGCCCGACAAAGUCUCCUACAGUUCAGUCUCCAACAAAAGUUCCUGAUAGCCCUACAUCUGUGCCAGUGCCGCCACCAAUCCCGGUUUCAGGCACACCUACAUCUAUGCCUGUCGAUGAACACACGUUGGCUCCCAUUCCAUCUCCCUCUGAAGUGCAAAGGGACGAUCCAAGCAUCUCGCCAUCUACGAUGCUAUCCAUGUCACCAUCUACAGCACCGUCAUCAAUGCCACCAACUGCAUUUCCGACAGCUUUGACUUCAAGCUCACCAUCCACAACGCCGCUAUCGGCACCACCGGUACCUUCGCCAACGAUGGAGCCAUCGGUAUCUGCAACAGCUUUUUAUUCAAGCGCACCAUCCAUGAUGCCACCAGCAGCACCGGAGCCUUUGUCAACGCCUCGCCCAACAAUGAACCUAACAGUAUCACCGACAGCUUUGGCUUCAAUCGCACCAUCCGCAAAACCAUCGGUAGCACCAGUACCUUUGCCAACACCUGGUCCAACAAUAGAGCCAACAAUGACUACAACGAACCCAUCUGCUGUUCCGAGUCGUACUUCAACAGCAAGACCAACACCUGUACAAUCCCCUGGACCAACGCCAAAUCCUACCGUUACCCCUGCCACAUUCUGCUGUUCUGAAAAUUUGAAGGACUGCGAUAUCACUAGUCCCUGGUGUAAUAGCAGCGAACAAAGGUGCAACUCAUGCGAUGGGCACUACAUUGUACAAGGUAGCUGCCCUGCCACUGGGAUUGCCAAAUGGGAAGAGUGCACUAAUCAUGUGAAUCAUUGUUGUGCGAGGCUUCAAUGUGUCGUUCAAGCUCCAUCCUAUCGACAAUGUGAGUAG